UAUAACAAGUGGGUAAAACGAGGUUGUAAACUUAUUACGGAAAAGCCAAUUAAGUAAAGUGAUAUGUAAGUGCGAUGAAUGCUAAAUUCGUAAUUUAAUAAGUAAUACAUAAUUGUUCUUGUCAUGUGAAUUUCCAGAACUGCCUGAUCAGGUUUUCGUGGAAUAAUGUCAUAAGUUGAUUAUCGUGGUGUAACAUACUCCACAGUUUGAGAUUGGUCGCGCCAAUAUUUUGGUUACAUUUAAUACAUAAAAACAGAUACAAUGUCAAGUGAUAUUAACAAAUCCAAUGAAACAGUGGUAAAUAAAUCGGUAAUAGAAGAGGAAUCUAAUUUGGAUACGCUAAUCUUGAUCAAUGAUAUAGAAGUUCAGAAUUUGAUUCCUAUUUUCGUUACAGUCGGAAUAUUCAUGUUUGUCGGGAUUGUCGGCAACACAUUGGUGGUGCAGGUGUACUGGUGCCGAAUGAAGAGAUCAGCUAAAAGGACUUUCAUUCUGUCCCUAGCGCUGCUAGAUCUUGGUGUAUGCCUGCUUGUGAUACCAUUCGAAAUGUAUGACCUUAGAAACCAAGUUCUGUUUUUUCAAGAAGGACUGUGUAAAGCUAUGCGUGUUUUGGAAUAUGCUACGGUUCUUGCGGCUGGGUUUGUGUUGGUAUCUGUGUCGUUUGAACGGUACUAUUUCUUGUGUAGAGCCUUCCAGGAAUUUUCGCCACAUAAAGCGAAACUAAUCUGCGUUAUAUGUGUCGUAGCGGCAUUGUUGGUGUCUUCCCCAGCUGCUAUAUUUGCUGGUUCGAAAUCCAGGAAUAUUGAGCAUAACGGGCAACUCUAUACCGGCUUCGAAUGUUCGAUGAAUUCAGAGCAAAACGCUGACGGAACACUUAAGCGGGUGUACUAUUAUGUGCUCGCAAUAAUAUUCUUUGGUUGCUUACUGGUGUUUGUCGUUUUAUACGCAAUGAUUGGAAGAUUGUUAUGGAAGUACCAGAAGGGGAAAUUUCUACCGCAAAUAGGAAGUCUUGCCAAAUCAUCCACUAAACGGUCGUAUGAAGCUCAAGAAGUCAAGCUAACGGCACAUAACUCAUCAGGACGCCUCCCCGUUUUUUCUUCUUCUCAUAAAGAACGACACGUGCAUGGAAACCGAUGUAUCAAGUCAGCAGGGACCAUUGUAGUGUUUUUCUCAGUAACUGUUGUAUUUGUCCUCAGCUUUCUACCACAUUUGGCCAUCCGCCUUGUCAUGUUUCUUGAUUUAAACCUACAGUCGGAUAUGGACCAGAGAACUUGGGGUUUGCUGUACAAUUUCACGGUUAGAUCUUACUUAAUCAGCAACGUAGCGAACCCUUUCAUAUACAGUAUUUUAAACAAGUCGUUCAGAAAACAGCUCAAGAGGACGAUUAGAUUUAUAAGACAAUGUGGGCCAGAGACCAUUUAAUAGCAGUUUCUCCUCGUCCGAGGCACGAAGACGAUAUGCAUGAGAUAUGUACAAUUAUGAUGUGUGUGCGUACAAGUAACACUAAGACAUUAAUUACUCAGUAUUAAUAUUGUUAUAUAUUCAAUAGUUCGUCAGGUGAUUACUUUUUAAAUGUAUUAUUGAAUUCCAUUUUUUGCCUCGUGUACUAAGGAACAAUUGGAGAAAGAGAAUCAAUAUAAAACUAUUUGCAUUCCUUACAAAACUUAACAAUUAACGUGGUUGUCAAAAUAUUUCAGCAUGUACGAAAAAUAAAUAACUAAUGAAAGCCA